AUGUUUGGGUCAACUCGAACAUCGGCAGGUGGAGAUGGGUACCAAGAGCUCUACCUGAAGGUGAUGAGGAGUGUGGUGGACAAGGGGGAUGGGUAUGUGGAGAAGGAAAUUACCCGCCUCUCCAAAGUGCUUGACGGGGAUUUGAAGCUUGAAAAGGUGGAUGAUAUCACCAUACGGAGGAAUAUCCUGUCAGCGUUUGUCCCCAGUGCUGGUAGAGCAUCCAAGUAG